AGCAGAACUUGCCGAAACGUCAAAUGCUAAAAGUGCAUUUCUGCACUGUUUUUGUACUUUUUGUGGAGGAAAGUUGAUCUUUUAAGUACACGACUUACACAAGCAUAUUCAAUAAAAUGAGUUAUUCAGAGAAACAGUGGUCAAAAUUAAUAGAAGAAAACGAGUUAUGCAGAACGAGUAUGAAUAAAUUGAUAAUGAAUUACUUAGUAACAGAGGGCUUUAAAGAAGCAGCUGAGAAGUUUCAGGAGGAAUCAGGUGUUGCGCCUUCCAUUGAUUUACAUACUUUAAAUGAGAGAAUAAAAAUUAGAGACUGUAUCCUCAGUGGAGCAAUUCAAGAAGCAACAGUACUCAUUAACCAAUACAAUCCAGAAUUAUUAGACAAUGAUAGAUACUUGUAUUUUCAUCUCCAGCAAUUGCAUCUCAUCGAGCUCAUCAGGAAUAAUUUCAUUGAAGAAGCCCUUGCUUUUGCUCAAAAUCAUUUGAGUGAAGCAGGAGAAGGAGAUCCUUUGGUUUUAGCAGAAUUAGAACGAUCAAUAGCAUUGUUAGCUUUUGAAGAUCCAAAAAGUAGUCCAUUUGGGGACCUUUUAGCACCAUCUCACAGACAAAAGAUUGCUAGUGAAGUCAACGCCGCUAUACUGAAAUCACAGAAUCAAGAAAAUACAGCACCUAAAGUUAGUACCCUUCUUAAACUGAUUUUGUGGGCCCAGGAUAAGUUAAAUAAAAAAAAUUCAAAUUUCCCCAAGAUGGUGGACUUGGCGAAUGCGUUUUUUGAAGAUAAAUAAACUUUUCCUGUUCAUUGUUUUUCACUGUGUUGAAAGAAGUCAUGGAAAUGUCUGAAAAAUCAGAGUGAGAAGUUAUGGAAGAAUGGCAUUAUUAUAAAUCUCUUCUUUUCAUGUUUGAAGGAAAAAUAUAAAAAUUUUAUUGAACUACUAUGAUUGAAGUUUUAAAGAUUUGUGAUUACAUUUAUAUCUUUGUUGAAUUUCUACAUCAAGGAUAAAUGUUUGGAAGUGUUCCUUUUAUGUUAUAUUUCAGUUCGUAGCAAUAUGAUGAAUCUACUUCUUUAUUAUUGUCAUGCUGUGAAGGUUCUCAAAAAUAGAAAAUUAUAAAAUAUUUCACUCUAUUAAAUGAGGGGUUCCCGCGAAUAAUGAUCCUAUGUUAUAUUCAUAUAUUUAAGAGUUAAUGUUAUAACAAGAAUAUCAGUACAUUCUCAACAAGUUUACGUUAGAAACAUGUUAUAUACGUUAUAGUAAACUUAAUUUGAGCAAGAACUGUAUUCAUAGGCCGUCAUUCAUUUGAACCCUUCAAGUUUUGAAGAUUCAAUAGUGUAUUCAACUCAUUUUUCUAUUUCUUGCACUGAGCUGAUAUAUCAAUUAUUGGUCAUUAUUCAAAUGCAUUUCAAUUUGUUAUUGGAUAGUUCCAUGAAGUUGAAACAUAAAAUUAAAAUAUUUUUAUACAAUGUAAAUAAUAUAUACUUGACUCUUAAUUGUCUGCUGUGCAGUUAUAUUUUUUUUAGGUUCAUUUUUGAAAUGUAUAUAAAUGUCACCAAAAAUUUUGUUUCAUUUUUCGAUCCAUUUGAAAUAAUUUUUUCCCACUAAUCAACUACGAACUUUCAUUCUGCUCUCAGGAUGAUCGUUUUUACUUCUGCAUGUGAAUAAAUUAAACUGUAUUAUCUAUAACUAUUACAUAAUUUGGUAAAUUGUAUGAAAGUGUGUUAUGUACGUACUGAACCUAUUUUAUUUUCCAAGAAUACUCGCCUCCCCAUGUAUCUGUAGUAAAUAUAUUGUAUCACUGA